AUGUCUCCCGUACACGGCCACUGCGAUGCGGCCUUCCAACCCCUCUGCGAUCUGUUCGAUCGAUUGCUGAUCGAUGGAAGCGAGCUUGGCGCAUCGAUCUGCGUGAACAUUGACGGACGCAACGUCGUGGACCUCUGGGGAGGGUACGCCAACGCGGAGCGCACAAAGGCCUGGGAGCGAGACACCAUCACGACCAUCUGGUCGACUACCAAGGUCAUUACCGCCCUUGCGGCUAACAUGCUCAUCGACCGUGGCAUUUUAGAUCCCACAGAAAAAAUAUCUACAUACUGGCCCGAGUUCGCCGCAAACGGCAAGGAGAACAUUCUGGUAUCGCAUGUCCUGAGCCAUUCCUCCGGACUGCCUUCUUGGGAGUCCCCGAAUACCGUGGAAGACAUCUACAAUGCUGAGAGGGCCACGGAAAAGAUCGCUACGCAACGACCGUGGUGGACGCCGGGCGAGCAGCUGGGUUACCACAUCGUCACCCAGGGCUGUCUCGUCGGGGAAUUAGUUCGCCGCACGACCGGCCAGUCUCUUGCUGAGUUCAUUGCCGAUCAAAUAACAGGGCCUCUACACGCCGACUGCAGACUCGGGGUUCCGGAACCCGAGUGGUCGCGUACAGCAGAUAUCAUCCCUCCGCCACCCCCACCUGAAGCAACCCCCGCGUUAGACCCGGAAAGCAUAGCGUCCAAGGCCCUCGCCGGCGUCCCCAUACCACCCGAAGCCGCAAUGACAGCAGCAUUCCGCAACGCCGAGCUGGGCGCCAGCAACGCAUUCACCAACGCGCGGGCCCUGGCUCGAAUCGCUUCUGUCGUCGCGCUUGGAGGCACGGUCGACGGGAAACAGUACCUCUCCCCGGCAGCGAUUGAUCAGAUGCUCCAGGAGCGAAGCAGCGGUCUGGACCAGGUGCUGCUUGUGAAACUGCGAUGGGGGCUUGGGGUGGGGUUGCCUGUGCCGGAGACCGUGCCCUGGCUUCGGUCCAACGGCCGGCUUUGUUUCUGGUGUGGAUGGGGCGGAUCGGUGGUGAUUAUGGACCUGGACCGUCGGAUGUCGAUUGCGUAUGUCAUGAAUAACAUGGGCUGCGGGGUCUUGGGCAGUGAGCGGACGGCGGCCUAUGUUGAGACGAUCUAUAGGAUUGUUGACGCCCACUCGGAUAUCUGA